AUGGCAAAUUCUUCCUUAUUUGUGUUUGACUCUCAUCAGACCAUCAUUUAUCUGCUGGUGUAUGUUGAUGAUAUUAUCAUCACAAGCAACUCUUCUUCACAAGUUUCUCAUCUUGUCAUUGCCCUCAGCAAGGCUUUUGAGCUCAAGGAUCUGGGUGCUCUCUCUUAUUUCUUAGGCAUUCAAAUUGUGCCUUCCAGAUUUGGUCUUACUCUGUGCCAGUCCAAGUAUGCUUCAGAUAAUCCCACUUCUUCUCAUUUGGAGGCAGCAAAACGUGUUCUUCAUUAUGAGAGGGGCACUUUACACUUUGGGAUUCAUCUUGCUCCUAGUCCACUUACCUUCUCUGCCUUCUCUGAUGCAGAUUGGGUUGGAGACCCCAUUGACAGGAAGUCCACUACUGGAAUGCUGGUUUUUCUUGGUUCAAACCCAAUUUCUUGGUCUUCCAAGAAACAAUCAACUGUUUCCUGUUCCUCCACAGAGGCAGAGUAUCGUGUCUUGGCUUCCACAGCAAUUGAGCUAGCUUGGCUAUGCACUUUGUUUAAGGAACUUAGGCUGUUUCUUCCACACAUCCCCAUUCUGUGGUGUGAUAGCAAUUCUGCUAUAGCUUUGGCCUCUAAUCCAGUCUUUCAUUCUACUAUGUGA